UGUUCCUUUUUCCUCACAGAUGUAUUAAGGAAACCAAAUCACAAAAAUAGGCAGGAAUUAUAAUUCCUCAGAGCGAAUUUAUAAUUCCUCUCUCUCUCCCUCUCUCUCUCUCUCUCUCUUUGUUAAGAUGAGCAACAUGCAAACAAUGGACUUAGACAAUGAACAAAUCGCGGAGUUGCUAGGAAUAUUUCGUUCUUUCGAUCGAAACAAUGAUGGGUAUCUAACACAGCUUGAGUUAGGCUCACUGUUGCGAUCAUUAGGGUUCGAAUCAUGCCCUGAACAACUGGAAACCCUAAUCCAAAAUGCAGAUACGAACAACAAUGGUUUAAUAGAGUUCUCAGAAUUUGUAGCAACGGUGGUGCCGGAACUGUUACCGGAGAACUCACCGUACAGUGAAGAGCAGAUUAUAAGGUUUUUCAGAAUGCUUGAUAGAGACGGAAAUGGGUUUAUCACAGCAGCUGAGUUGGCUCAUUCCAUGGCUAAAUUAGGGUAUGCACUUACUGUGGAAGAGUUGACUGGAAUGAUCAGAGAGGCAGAUACAGAUGGAGACGGUAUGAUAAGUUUUCAAGAGUUCUCAGAGGCUAUUGCUUUUGCUGCUUUUGAUAAUUAUUCUUGGGUUUGAUCUUUUGUCAUCAAUGUGUUUUCUUUUCUAUCAAUUGUGAGGGUUUAAUUUGUGACUGUAAGAUCUUAGGAUUUACAUUUCUUAGAAUUGGAUGGAAAAUGAUUCAGAAAUUUUGAUAGUCAGUUAGAUCAGAAUUAUGAGAAAGUACCUAUGCAGGUAAUGGUUCCUCCCUAACCCUUUGAUUGGAUGAAGGUUAUUUGGGAGGUGGUUUGGAGAGUUGGGUGUGGUAAAGUGUGGUUGAUAAGAUUUUUUUUAUGGGUCCAUUCUUCAUGGGUUAAAACAUUUUGUAUUCUAAAAUUGUCCAUUGUCAUAUUCUAAAAUUUCAAAUUUAUACUUAUUAUUUAUAUUCUAAUUU